CGAUUGUAAUCCUGUGUCAAACAAACUGACAUCAAAGUGUCAAUGACAAAUGAGAAAAUGUCCAUUAGCGGUUCGGUACAUGUUUAUUUCUAAGUGAAAAAUGGUAAUAAUUACUUUCUAAAUACGAAGUCGUUAAUAUUUUAUACAACUUCUAAAAGUUGAAUCAGUUCAAUAAAUGUUACAUUGAUUAAAUUGAUUAAUUGCACUACAAUGGCACACAUAACAAAUGUUCCUGAAGAAGUAAUGAUCAUGAUUGUCAAGAUGCUGGAUUUAUCGGAUCAACUAAACUUGUUUAAUACUUGCCACUAUUUUAGACAUGUACUUUCUAACUCUGGGAUUUCAAAAUUUAGUAUGUUCAUGAAUAAAAUGGCAACUGUGAAUAUACUGAAGACGCACUACUUCAAAUCAAUUUCAGCAAACUUGUUGGAGCUCAACAUGCAAGCUGUACCUGACUUAAAGUUAGUGAAAUCGGUUUUACCAGCUCUUAAACGAUUAAACCGCCUAAAGACAUUAGAUAUUUCAUAUACAAAUCUAAAUAUUCCUGACCUACAAGAAAUAGUCAAAGUAUGUCCCAGUUUGAAGAAUAUAGUGAUUAAUUUUGUGUUCGGAAGAUCUCCUAUUAUUCGGAUUGAUGAAAAUAUGUUGAAGGGCUAUCAGGAAUUAUUCAAUCAUUUUGAAAAUAUUCAUUUUGUUGGAUCUUUGACUAAUUUACUAUUAUCUCGGACAGUUAUUCAUAUGUUGGAGAAAGCAAAGUUAGAAACAUUAAAACUAAGUGCCGUUGAGUAUGAUCAUAUGAACACAUCACUUGUAGAAAGAUAUACACCCUCUGUUGCAACAAGCUUCGAUCAUUUGGCACUUUUCUUAGUAGAUUGGAGAGCUAAAAGAACAUAUGACUUCCUCUCAAAUUUCCCCAUUGUAGCAGCUCUAAAUUGGAAAGACUAUGAAUUUUGUGUGAUAUCCACAAUGCACGUUCGUGAUAUGAAUGUUUGUGCUUCACCAAAAUUAUAUCCAUUUUUCACAACACAUUUUAAUGUAAAGGUGGAAUCUGUUACAGAUCAUACUAGAAAUCUUGUAGGAAAUAUUGCCUUAAUGAUGUGGAAAAAAGAAACAACACAGUUUGAUGAUAUAUUUUUUAAUAGAUUGUAUGAACGAGUCAAGCCAUAUUUCCCUUUUUAUUAUAAGGAAACAAAUCAAGAAAUUUGUCCACCUAAUUAUGACUGGUUCUUUACGGAGCCAACCCCAUGUCUUAUUGAUAUGGGAGAACCUUCUUCAAAGGAGAGCAAGAGAAGGAAAACAUUAGUGCCCACUGUUGUACUAGAUUAUGAUCAUGUGUUGAUACAGAAAACUAAGACCCAAAUUAGUGUUGCUUUUAAAUUUGAAACAAUAUCUGCCAUAUUAUUGCCAACAUAUGCUGACUAUUUUCAAAAAGUAACAUUUUUCAGUAUAUCAGGUGGAGCUGUAAAUUAUCAUUCUGAAUUCUUUUCAAUAUUGUUUCAGAAUUUCUAUAAUUUAGUUACUUUGUCAGUGGAGUGCCCUAAUCUGACAUCACGCGGUUAUAGCCAUAAUAUCUGUCGUUAUAUUAAAGCUAGUACAUCAUUAAAAAAUGUACGUAUUGUAGAUAAGGGAAUAGAUUUCCAGAAGCUGUUUGAUGCGCUUAGUGAGUGUAGUACUUUAGAAAAUAUUAAUUUAGCCGAUCUGAAACAAUGGGAUCAUACUAAAGUUGCAGAUCCAGACAACUUAGUAAGAUCAUGUACUAACUUAUACAGUGUUUUUAUAGAAGCACUAUUUGAUCAAACAUCUUUAAAAAAACAGAUUCAAUUGUUUAAUAAAGCGAGGUCAACAAGAAAGAGGCCUCAUCUUAAGGUUAUGGUUAACUUUGAGGCCAAUCCUUUCCCAUUUAAGUACAAUUAUGAUCCAUUUCUGGAUGUGUUUCAAUUAAAUCCAAUAAAACCAACAUAAAUAUUUUUUCUGGUUUAAUAGAAAAACCCAAUAAACUACAUGAUUCCAUAACAAUCAUGUAAUCCGUAAAUAAAUAAUAGAUAGAGAAUACUGUGAGUAAAACAGUAAAUUGCCGAGCAGUGGCAAGUUCCCAAUAUUUAAUUUAUUUUUGCUACCACUGAGAUUCCCGUUGGAAAACAUAAUAUCUUACUUCGCUGAUGUUUUAAAAUGUCGUUUAAUUUAACAGAUUUAACCAUAUGUACACAAUUUGAAUCAUAGAUAAUAAAUAGUAAUUUUACUCAAAUUAUACAAUUUUAUAAAUCCGUUUCAUUUUUGUGUCCAGGCGUAAAUUUAACGAAUGAUAAAGAUAGCAUGCCGAGGACUGCACUACCACCACAAGCGUAUGUCAGGACUGCCCUGUAGUAUUGCGGACAAUUUAAUUCAUUAUCGCAUUUGCUGAAACAGAAAAUAAUAUUGUUAUUAAAUCCAAUGAAAUCCUCUAUCGAACUAGAAUCUUAUCAAAAUAUAAAUCAGUAAUGAAUGGAUAAUCUUGAAAAGGUUGAACACCAUGUGUAUUAAAAAAAAGUCUUUGGUGGUCAAUAAUAUGUUUUUUAAAGUUUGAUAUUGAUCCAUUUAAAAAAAACAACUAAAUAUGUUUAAUGUAGAAAAAUGAACGCAAUAUUGGAUUUUCUUUUUUAAUUUAAUUGCAUCUGAGCACUGGGUUAAAUAAAUUCUUCCUAUAAAUAGAAGGUGUACUAUGCCGUAUCGGAAAGUAGUGAUUUCAAGACCAUCCAUACUUUACUGGACACCUGCAGAAUACUUAAGCUUUUAAUGCUAUUAAAUAUGUACCAUCUAGUCAUGUAGGUAGGAGUUAAACACAAAUUAUAUCAGUUAAAACGUGUUAUUGACUCAUUUAAUGUUAAUUCGACUAAACAUUUAAAGAUGUUUAAUCUAAUAGUGAUAUGAUAUUAUUAUUUAAAAAGGAUAUAUAUGGCUAGGCUAAACUCCACAUAGAAAUUGGAACUGCACACGUAAUUUACAUGCUAGAUAUAUGGGAACUACAAUGUACAAAUGGUACUUUUACAGUAGUUUCUAUCUACUAUUAAUGUGAUGUAUUUUUGACUGAGUCUUAAGAUAAUAUUAUAUUGAUUACUAAGUAUAUAAUGUCAAGUUUCGGGUUAGGUUAGGUUAGGUACAGUUUUACAUCAAUCUCCUACGAUAUUUUAAUUUCAUUGAUUGAUUAAAACAGUUAUAAAAAUACAUAAAAUUGAAUACCUAUGUAACCGAUGUAGUGUAUAUACCUACUUAUAUUGCAAGUUACAUUGUAAUUUACAAUUUACAUAUUGUAAUAAAACACAGUCUAGUUUUCUAAGAACUCUGUAACAUUCCUAAGGGAAAGUUUUUGAAUAUUAUAAGCUCUAUAGGGCAAUACUAUAAAGAUAUCUGUGUUUAUGAUACGUAAUCGUAGAAAGUGUACGUAAUUCUUAUCUUUAAUAAUAUAUAAUGUAAGGUAAAUACCAUCGUUAUUAUAUGUAACGAGUCUAAUUUAAAUAAGUAAUAGUGAACUGCUAGAAAUCUCCUUAUUACCAUAAAAUAAGUUUGAAAUUGUUAAAAGCAAUUAUAGCAACCUUUUUCUCAUUAUUUGUAUUCCCAGCGAAUACACAUAAAGUGAGAACACUGUUAGUACCUACAUGCAAAACUGAGUUUUAGUGCUAGGCAAAACAGAUCUUAUUUUGCAUUAAAUGUUAAAUUGGAGACAUUCGCAGUUCGUUGUCGAGUAGGUUUAUAUACCUACCUAAUUGUGAUUUUGUGUGAUGUGAUUAUGUAUGAACACGGAAAAACUGUAGUGUUUCAUAAUAAAUUUGAGAAGAGAA